ACAGGGUAUUACAGUGUCUAGCAGCGAGUGAGGAAGGUUUCUGGCUGUCCAAACUACAAGAGAAAAAUUUGAUUUGUUCCUUCUUACGCUUUGCGGUGUGGGAAUAUCAGUGAAUGUUGAAAAUAGUUAUGGAAGAUUGUUUAGAAAUGAUUUGAGAGACGACAGAAUGUGGAAAUGAGAGAAAUAGUAUAAGAACGUGACGAGUUUUUCGACAUAUAGGGCUGAGUCUACCCAGUUGCUUCACAUCCACCGCCCUGGAAUCCCUGAAUAAAAGUCGUAAAAUUGAUAAAAAUUCCUUCGUAUUUGGAGUUUAUAUUAUGAUCUGUGAACACUUAAUGAACUUUAAAGAUAAAACAUAAUUCUAGUUGCGUAAAUGAUCGAGUAAUCUGUAUUUGAUUAACGUGGUAAGUUCAUUGCCAAGCAGUUUAUGUUAUCAAGAUAGCAUUGCCACAAAGUCUCAGUUAUUAUCACACGAAGAUUUUAUUGUACAUUAAGUGAACAAAAAGUGGUGUUAUUAGAUUAUGUUCAAGCUUAAGGAUUUUCUUUAAAUAUAACAAGGAAUAUUGAGUGUUUGCUGUCGGGAAAUUAUUAUCUAAAAUGUAGUGACAAAUUUUAUUGUAAACGAUAUAAGAAACAAUAGACUAUCAACCCAAGAAACUCCCAGAGAUUAAAUUAUUCACAAGACUUUAAAUACCUUGAAGAAUAUGAGUUCUGUUGGUGAAUUAGUAAGAGAGACGGGGGAGACUUCUGCUGAUACGUUAGUGAGAGAGACGGGGGAGACUUCUGCUGAUACGUUAGUGAGAGAGACGGGGGAGACUUCUGCUGAUACGUUAGUGAGAGAGACGGGGGAGACUUCUGCUGAUACGUUAGUGAGAGAGACGGGUGAGACUUCUGCUGAUACGUUAGUGAGAGAGACGGGGGAGACUUCUAUUGAUGAGUUAGUGAGAGAGACGGAACAAGCAGAGAUCACAGUACCCACAAGCCCAGACAGCGACCUCAACAAGUUACUGGAAACACUUCACGCGUUCGAGGAAGAGUCGACCAAGAAACUCCAGAAACUAAAAGAAAAUGAGAUCGAUAGACAAGACAGCACCGAGAACAUGCAACCAGACAACGAUGGACAAGAAAAUGACAAAACAGAAAAAGAUGAUACGAAGAGACGAAAGAAUGAGAUGACUUUGGAAGAGAAUGGUAAGAGGAUGCAAGGACGUGACAUGAAGAGGCAAGGAGAAAGUGACAUGACAGAAAAGACUGAUGGUAAGACGGAUGAUAUCAGCUCGCCUGGGGAUUCAUUAGAGAGUAGAAGUCAAGAUGAUGAAUGCAGAGGAGAUGAGGCAGACGAUGAGAGGAGUGAACCAGAUGAUAAUAACAGGGUGAAGGGUGACGAGGUAGACGGUGAGGAAGAUGCCCAGAAGUCACUAGCCGAGGCAUUACGGGCACUGACCUCGCUCAACAUAAACUUCGACAACGUUACUGGCGCUGGCAAGUACCAAGAUCGUCCAGCGUCACGGCCGAGGAUAGUGGGAAGCAGUGGCAAGACCCGCAUCAGCGUGGGAAAUGACCAACACACGCAAGGGGUAACUGGCGUAGAAUCAGCGGGACCCCAACAUGAGCCUCAUAUGUGGUCCCAGGUAGUAGGACCUCGUGAUGACCCCCAGCCCAACAGGGUCAGGUUCGACAUCAACGCCCUCAACCAGGAGCUGGCCAAUCUCCUCAGGAUGGCGGGACAGCCCCUGGACCCUCGUGUAUGGGAAGGAUCGACCACUAAUCAAUCAGAAAUUCCCUCUAUACCUCCCCCCAAGCCCGCGCACAUCCACCCCUCCCAAGCCCAGCCAAACCACGCCCUAGCCCAAGCAAGCCACUCCCCAGCCAAGCCAAGCCACGCCCAAAUCCCAGCCGUCCACAUCAACGAAUACCAAGAAUACCUCCCUCCACUUCAAGUAGUGACAGGUCCUCCUCCACCUAAACCUCCACGAGUGAAAUUCCCAAUCAAUGAAAACUUCAGAGCUCAGGCGACGCAUCUGUCUAAAUCAAUGGGGAGUUUGAUACACCAUGACAAGGAGGAGAAAAUCAAUACCAACACCCAGGAAUCACUCUCGGCCAAGACCGUAGAAGGUAACAGCGAGAGAAAGGACAAUGUAUUCCUCUCAGCCUUCAGGAGUAAAGGCGUGAGAGAGAGAGUCCGUAGCUUCACCAAGAAAAAAAACAAAAGGGUAAAAAGUUUGCAAAUCGGUGAACCGGUUGACUUCAAACAUCUGGGCGGGUCGCAUGUAAACAAACAGGUAGAAACGGUGCCGGAGGAUGAAGAAACAAAGACAACAGAGGACCCUAAGACAACGGAACCAAGUGUUACAACGGAGACUACAACGGCAGACAACACUAUGAUGGUAAUUAAAACAGCUACAGAUGUCUCAACAGAAGCCCCAGUAACGGACGACAACAGAUCAUAUAAUAAGGAAACGGGGAAUCAACCUGAAGAUAAGAAAACAGAUAUAACAGUAAACGUCACUAUAGAACACAAAACAGAACAACAGACGAGAGACCCGGCUGAAACAGAGAAAACGAAAGAAUGAAGAGGGUAAACUAAAGUAUUUAACAUGAAAGACUUCUUCGCUUUGUUUAUCAUUAGUAAUAAGAAUUAAGGUACCAUUCUUAGCUUCACCUACAUCAAAAUUCUUUCUCACUAACACAUGUCUACUAAGAUACAUAUGAUAAGUGUCAUAUUGGACAGGGAUACGUGUAAUUUGUCCUUGGAUACAUAUAAAUAAGACAUAUUUUCAUUCGUGUUUUAAAAUAUUGUAUUAGAAUAUUUGUGUUUUAUUCUUGUUUGAAAUACUAAAAUGACAUCAUUGUUUUAUUAGUGUUAAAACAUUGAUGGCUAUUGUGUUUUACGAUGUUUUAAUUGUUUUUAGUGAUAAUCUAAAACAUUGUACCGAAAUCAUUUGUGUUUUAUUGGUGUUAUAAGAUAUUGUACUGAAAUA